CGCGAUACUGUUUGGAACAGCCCUAGCAACCUGUCACGUUAUCGACAUUUCUAACAAGUCUCGUGACGGCCAUUUUGUCAGGCGUUCUCUCUCUCUCUCUCUCUUAGCGUAAAGCAUUUGUUUCUCUUGUACAAUGGAGAACGCUCAAGCACAACUUCUGGUAAACAUCCAUGAAGAGAUUACAAAAGGUACUUUCACUGACAUACAAAUUAUAUGUAAAGACGGAACAACGACCGGAAGCCGUAUUGUCCUUGCGGCGAUGUCUUCGUAUUUCCGGGCCAUGUUCAGUUCAGAUAUGUCGGAGAGUCAGACGGGCGUCUUGAACCUUCCCACGGUGUCGUUGUCGGUUUUUCAAGACGUCAUCAAAAUGUGUUUGUGUGGAAUCAAUCUAGUGAGUGAAGAUAACUGUAUGAAGGUAAUAGAUGCUGCUGAGAUGAUGCAGCUCGACAACAUCAAACAGCUCUGUGAGAUAUUCCUGAAGGAAGGACUGACUCUAACUGACAAAAACUGUCUAGGUUGGUGGAGACUUCUGAAAAUUUACAAUCUCCACGACUUGUCCAAUAGAGCACUUUCCUAUAUGGCUGAGAAGUUUGCUGAUUUUGUUCAAACAGAAAAUGUUGUUCAGCUGUCAAAGGACGAAUUGCUGGAAAUAAUUUCCAAAGAAGAGAUGGAAUGUACAGAAGACAUCAUUCUGAAAGGCGCCAUGAAGUGGAUUGAGCAUAAUAACCCGGAACCAGAUGACGUCAAAGUUAUUUUUGAAAACGUGCGUCUUGAUAUUGUAGAUUCACAGUUUCUGAUCGAUGACGUCACAUUUUCAGACGUUGUUUUUAAAAACAAAUCUGUCCAGGUAAUGAUACAAAAAGUGCUACGUUCACCAUGUCGAGUGUCGGCUCGUUCAAGGGUCAAUACUAAAAUACCUGAUGUCUUCGUUCUCCAUCAUAACAAGACGUCACUUCUGUCUUGUUUCACGCCAGACAACAAGUGGGAGGACGUCCCACCAGCCCCAGUAGAUCCUGGAAAAUUUUAUUCAGCAGCAGGUUUGGGUGACAAGAUCUGUAUCACUGGUGGCUUUGACAAGAAGAAAUGUACAUUAAUUUAUGACACCAUUACGAAAGUGUGGUCAGUAGGUCCAAAUCUCACACAUGACCACAGCUAUCACUGUAUGGCAACAGCUAACUCUAAAGUGUACUCGAUAGGUGGUCAUUAUAGUAAUACAAUAGAGGUAUUGAGCGGCAGUGAGACGCACUGGCAGGUUGUUGGAGAUUUGGGAUUGAGACGAGAGUUCACUUUCCCUGUUACUGUUGGUGAGAACAUUCUCGUUAUGGGAGGAAGCAUAAACUCAGUGGGAUCAAAUGUUAUCCAGUGUUUCAACACCAGAACUCACACUGUCAGUCAGCUGAACACAAAGUUACCUUGUAGCUCAUUGUCACAAAGAAGCUCUGUUCACCUCCCAGAUGUUUAUCUGUUAGACAACGACCGCCACGUGAUGCAUCUCCAGGUCACCAACACGGAUGGAGAAAUCAAGAUUCAGGUUAAAUCCAUAGCGGGAUGGAAAUCAUUUGAUGUUCGCUUUGGUGUAACACACAGACAUGGAAGAUUGCUGUGUUUUACAGAAGAUGGAAUCAGCAAAUUCAACCUCGCUGAAGGUAAAGAAGAAAAGAGUACAUUCCCUAAAUCACCUAGAAGUGGCAAAGUGUACAAUGUGUGCACGGUGUCAUCUGGGAAAACAUUGUGAUGAUUGUUAUUUGAUUAAUCUCAGUGGGAGAGCUCGUCUCGUGUUCUGAGACAAGAUUAGUGUUACAAACAACACCAGGCCUGCUGAACACAAUGUAAGGAUUCUUCAUUAAUCUCAGUGGGAGAGCUCGCCUCGUAUUCUGAGACAAGAUUAGUCUUGCAAACAACACUAGGCCUACUGAACACACUAUAAGAAGUCUCCAUUAAUCUCAGUGGGAGAGCUCGCCUCGUAUUCUGAGACAAGAUUAGUGUUACAAACAACACCAGGGAUACUGAACACACUGUAAGAAUUCAACAUUAAUCUCAGUGUGAGAGGUCGCCUCGUGGUCUGAUAAGAAAUAAAAGACAUAGUUCUUCAAACAAAGCAUUGUAAACGAUGGAAUAACCUCAGUGUGAGAGCUCCUCUCAUGUUUUUGUUUUAAUUAUUUUUACCAAUGACCUUGACCUUCAGUGUCAACUGGCAAAACACGAACUCAUUUAAGAUAGCAUGAUCCUAUUAUUAUAUAUAAAGUUUGCUGAAAAUAGAAUAAGAACUGAUGUCAUUGGAGCAGUGACAUCAUGUUUAUAUUUCAUUCUAUCAUUUAGCCAAAUAUUAAUAUAUAUAUAAAAUAUCAUCUACGGUUUGAGAAUUAUAUUCUUUCUCUGUUUUUAGCCAGCUAGGUUGGUUAUUUCUCAAACCUAUUUGCAAUAUUUUAAAUGUUUCUUGUUAUAUAACAGUAACCGUAUUUUAAUAUCUCAUUUGUUGUUAUGCUCGUAACCGAAUUAAGUAGGUUUACCCAUUGUGAAUUACUUAUAAAUAAUCUUCCUAUCCAUGAGUAUUUUAAGGCAGUCGUAACAUUGUAUUAAUUUAUCAUUAUAAGCCCUACAGCUUUAUAGUCUUGAGUUAUUAAAUCAUGUUUAUAUUUUUCAGGCUUAUUCUGCCAUAUAAAUUUUAAAACAACGUAUUUAAAUUGUUUAAAAUCUUUUCUCCAGGAUUAGGUAAUGAUAUUAAAAGAUGUGUUACUUAGGUAUUAUUAAAGUUUUAAGAACAGUUAUUUUUCCUAAGACUGUUACUGGUUUUUUGUUGUGGUUUUUUGUUGUGGUUUUGGUGGGUUUUGUUGUUGUUUUUGGGUUGUUGUUUUAGAGAGGAUGGGUUUUUUUAACAAAUAUUUAUUCACAGAACCCAUGUUUUCAUUUGUUUUUUAUGUUAUGAUACAUUCGGUCUACCAUAGUUGGUAACACGUCUAUGACGUACUUUCGGUCUUGUUGACUUUUCCACUGUCUUCUUUUAUUCUUUAAAGUUCAAAGGAACUUAAACAAUCUGUCCCAACCACAGGGAUGAAGCGACAGAAUUACAAUAGAAAAAUAUACAUUACCAUUUUGGUAUACAGAUCGAAAUUUUCAUUCUGUAUUUACAAUCGUUAUUAUCAAGAGGUUAUACAUGUAUGUAUGAAUAUUAAAGAUACAGAUAAAAAAACUAUUGUAUAUUAUGUGCCCUAAUUCUCAUAGCUAAUAAUUUUGGACUACACAUUGACUAUACAUAAUGGGUUCUGUGAGACAUUUUCUAUUAUAUUGUAUCUACUUAUACACUUAUCUACACCCAACCCCACCAACCGCCACCCCACAACGCACACACACACAAACACACACACAAAUCCCACCAACAAACAAACCUCAAAUAUACAUACAUAACUACACAUACGCACACAGACACGCACGCAAGAUUUAAUGAAAUAAAAGAAAUAAACGAGUAUUAUUCUUAUAAAAAAAGAGAAUAAUUUGACUAUGACUAGCAUCGCUGUCUGCCAUAAAAUAUUAAUAUACAUGUACAUAACACCAAAGUAACCAACAGUUACAAAUUGCAUAAUUUGUUUAGCAGUAAUUGUCUGACUGUGUCUUUAAUAGAUUAUGAUACAUCGCCCAUUUAGUUUGAAAUUCAUUGUGUAAACUUUUACCACGAUAAAUACUUCUUUAUAUUUAAAAUGUUUCAUAUUUGUUAAGAUAUCUAUUACUUUACACUUACAGAUAAAACAUUUAACAAGUAAUGGAAACAGAUCACGAAUUUCGUCAGUUGUUGUAAUAUUAUUUUCUCCUUGUAGAAUAACUUUGGCAUCGAGAGAUAAAUAUUGAAUAUGAGGUCAUUUAUCAAGUAAGAAUUGGACAAAAGAAUUCCAAAAGGUUUUGACUGGUACACAGUUGCAAAAAAAAGAUUUAAUAUGGUUUCUGGGGGGCUUUUAUAAAAUGUACAAAGAUUAGUUUCGGCUUUGUUAAUUUUUUUUAAAAACACAAAUGUUAGUUGUAAUAAUUCUAUACAAUAAUCUGCAUUGGAACCACAUUAACUUAGUAUCUUGAGUUGUUUUAAAACGUUUGGAGUAUAUUGUUGCCCAACUGAUUUCAGAAUAAAAGAGUUCUUCCCAUG